UUUGGGCAUUCCUUAGAGAAUUCCCUGUGCUUUGACCAACAAGAUUUUUUUCUCACAUGUUAGUGAAAAUGAUGGGCUUUAAUCUUCAUUUGCUCCUGUAUUCUGAAGGGCAAGAAGAGACAGAAUGGUGGCUGAAAACAGGCUUUGAAGCUGCACUGAAAGAAGUAACUCAGUGACUUCCUUUUUUUGUGUUUCUCAGCCUUCCUCAGAGCCAUAGCACAGCAUGUGAGUGUUUUGGAGGCAGGCAAAGCUGAGACAGAAUGCAAAUGACUGAGUUAAAGCUGCUCUUUCCAUAGCUCUGAGGACAGGCUCACGGAUGGCAGGGGAUGUCACCUACGCGGCCGUGGCGAUGCUGCCGAGGGAAAGGCCACACGCUCCUUCAGGGACACCAAACCCAGGCUCUGCCUUUAUUGUUCCUCCACUCGGUGACUGGCACAGCCACAAAUGUCAGCGCUGCCCUCUCCUUACAGGAAACACCAUCACAUAUGCUGAGCUGCAUGUGAAGCCCCAGCCCCGAGGGAGCAGCAGAGCAGAGACUUCCGCUCCUGGCUGCCAGCAUAGGAGCUCAGCCUGGUUCUACGUGGCGCUGGUCCUGGCAGUCCUCGUGCUCAUCCUGCUGGGAGUCGUGGCCACACAAGCCAAGCAGUUUUUGAAGGGCAGAGCAGGAAAAUCAGGAAGUUUGCCCCACUAUGGUCUGAACAGCACCAGCAGUGACAUUUCUUCAGAGAGGACUGUCUCAGCAGCACUCCUGAAACAGCUCGUGGAGGAGCUGUGUGAAGAUGGACAGGGGACAACAUGUGAGCUGUGUCCCCCUGGCUGGCAGCUGCACAGAGGCAGAUGUUACUUCUUCUCUGAGGAGGCCAGGAGCUGGGAGGACAGCCAGAAAAACUGCCUGGCCAGGAAAUCCCAGCUGCUUGUCAUUGAGGAUGAAAUUGAGAUGGAAUUUAUAGACAACAAAGACAAAGAUACCAAAUAUAUCUGGAUUGGCUUGGACACUGAAGACAUGGAGAAAACAUGGAGUUCGGUGGAAGAUCACAGAGUAAAAGAAAAGAGCAGGACAGCUCUAAAAAGCAUCGAGGCUGACAAGAACUGUGCUGUUUACAGAAGGAAAAACCUGAUCCAGGCAGAUAACUGCCAGACCUUAAAGGAGUGGAUCUGUAAGAAGAAUGCAACUUUGCUGGUGCUCUGAGCCACAUUUCCAGACAGCAGGAAGAACUUCUCAUCAGAAGACCCUUUUACAGACAAACCAACUUGUGAUGUAAAUAAUUUUCAUCAGACUUGCAGGGAAACUUGCACUUUGCUGUGCUGUGCUCCCUAAGAAGUCAGAAGACAGGUCCUGUAACAGGCUGCAAGCUGGCACACAAGGAUUUUGGGGUGCUGAGCCUUCACACAGACAGAUUUUGGCAGCAGCUGCCUCAGGAAGGAUCAGAGGAGAAGAGAUACUCGUGGGGAGGAGCACUGUGCACAUAAACAGUGUGAUGUGCAGGAAUUGUGGCCGCUGUGGGUCAUGAAACGUGCUGGGCCCUUUGUUGUCACCCCUGCCUGCAGGCAGCUGCUGAGCUGAGGAUUUCUUAUUUGGGUUUCAGGAUUUUAGUGUUUGCUGAAGUUGUGGGCUUGGGGUUUUGUGGUUUUUUUCCUUGGGAUCUAAUUGUGACUCACAGAAGUCACUUGAAGGCUGGGAAAAAAUGCAUUUAUUGGACAGUGUCUUAUUCAAAGCUGCUGCACAGCGACUGGGUGCAGACAGCAGAGCAGGCAUGGUGUGACUUGUAACACUUGUGGUUAAUGUGCUGAUUGCUCCCAUCUGCUUCUGGUGCUGAGCCUUGGAAUCUGACGGGAUUAACUAGGGAAGGGUCUUGGGCUCUAAAACAACAUUGCAGUGCAAGGAAAUAAGGUUGAUAACCUUCCUCUCCACCUAUAUUUUGUCCCUUUACAUUGUAAAUUCCAAUUUACACUGUAAAAUCCACAAUUAUAGUAUGAUGAGGUACCAAAGCCUAAGCCUGGUGAAAUUAAUGCCUGGGAGUGCACUCAAUAAAUGCAUUACUUAGGCAUUGAAGUGUCAUGAAUAAAUGCUAUUUCUGGAUCUAGAACACAAAAAUGCUAAGAGCAGUCUGACCUAGUGCCUUUAUUAGAUUCACAUGUUUGACAAAAAUGAAGAAAUGUCAUGAAUUGAAGGUGCUACUAUGACAAAAAUGGCACCAACUGGAAUUUAAGUCCUUACAGCAAUGAGAAACAAGUCUAACAUAGCUUUUGAGAUGGUGAGCCUUUACCUCAUCUUUGCUGUGAUGCACACAAAUAAAGGCAGCUGCAGUUUCUCAGA